GAUCCAGACCCUCCGCCCCUAGACUGGACUGGCAACGCAGCCCCCCAGCCUCGCACUGGUGUCGGAUGCGAGAGCCUGUGCUUAAGUAAGAAAUCAGGCUUCAUUGGAGACAUUCAAGCAAAGUUUGGACAACUAAUUUUCCAGAACAAAAAGGAAACUCAUGCAUCAGAAAAGGUGACUAAUAAACAUAUCAAAAGAAUAUGGCUGCACAAAUACCAGAAUCUGAUCAGAUAAAACAGUUUAAAGAAUUUCUUGGAACCUACAAUAAACUUACAGAAACCUGCUUUUUGGACUGCGUUAAAGACUUCACAACAAGAGAAGUAAAACCUGAAGAGACCACCUGUUCAGAACAUUGCUUACAGAAAUAUUUAAAAAUGACACAAAGAAUAUCCAUGAGAUUUCAGGAAUAUCAUAUUCAGCAGAAUGAAGCCCUGGCAGCCAAAGCAGGACUCCUUGGCCAACCACGAUAGAGGAGUCCUGAUGGCUGGACUUUAGAUGAAACAUUGCCAGCAGCUGUUGUGAUGGAAAUGAGGAUUCAUCUGAUGGAAUCCCCCGAAAGCAGUAGCCACCAUGUUAAACUGUCAUGACUGUCUGGCAAGUGGGAAACAACUAGAGAAACAAAAUUGCUAUUUACCAUGAAUAAUCAAAAUAGAAGGUCUUAUUGUUCAAUCAAAAUAAUAAGAUGCAACAUUUGUUGAGGCCUUAAGA